GUCUCUGUGCCUAUGCACAUGUUCCGUUUGUGGGCCUACUAUGGCAUGAUGUCGCAAAUACCACUUUCGCUGAUUACGGACCAUGUAAUCAAAGGAGGACGUGCAGGUAAUAUCAUCGUUUGGCUAUCCUUGAUCCUUGGCCAACCGCUCGCCAUUCUUAUGUACAUGCACGAUUGGUAUGUUAUGCACCAGAUAAGCGCGGAGAAGUAUCAUCCCAAGGAAUCGCAGCCAUGCCAUAUACCUGGUUUUUCAAGUGUGACGCUCAACAUGUCUAUAGCACUAGUCUCACCUCCUCAUGUUUGUUGUAUGUGUUCUUUUUGAUA